AUCUUCCCAACAAUUACCUAAGAAUCUCGGGAUAUAUAGCUAAGAAUCUCCCCAAUGGAAGGCAUCAAGACUAGUUAGCCAACGCGGUUUAAACGAAUUAAGAUCCAUGUUAUAUUUCUGUUCUAUGGAUUAUGGGAUUUAGUAGUAGUACCGCACAGUCAGUUAUGUCACGAUUCUUCAAUAAUUUGUGGAAGAAAUGUGCACCAUAUUCAUCUGAUCAUAGAAGAAAACCUACAGAUACAGAUCGAGAUGAAGCUAAAUGGGCGUUUCCAGAAGAAUUGUGUCGUCGGUUUUCACUCGCGGAGAUCAUAGCAGUAACUCAAAACUUCAAUGCUAGGUUACGGAUUUGCAGUACCAGAAACUUGUCAUUUGAAGUUAAUGGCCUAAUAGAAAAGUUUUUGGUGUUUGAUCACCUUGAAGGUCCGAAAACAGAAGACGGUAUUAAUGUUAGUGCUGCAGGUGUCUACAAAGGAUACACCAACCUCAACGGCGUAACUUCUACGGUGGCAAUCAAGCGCAUUCCCAGCACACAAUCAGACAUUCAGCAGGGACGCGAGUUCAAGGCGGAGGUGCAGCUACUGUGCCAGCUGCGCCACCCCAAUUUAAUCUCUCUGAUCGGAUUCUGCCAAGAAAAGGGAGAGUGCGCCAUUGUCUACAACCACAUGUCCAAUGGUCCCCUUUCUUAUUUCCUUUUCAAUCCUCAUAACAAUAAUAAAGAUCCGUUGUCUUGGAGCCAAAGGCUGAAUAUCUGCAUUGGGGUGGCGCGUGCAAUACACUAUCUCCACACAGGGGUUAAGCAUGCUGUAAUCCACCGAGACAUCAAAUGUGACAACAUACUCUUGGACCAAAGCUUAGAGGCCAAGCUUUGUAACUUCCGGCUGUCCAAGAUGGGUCCUCCUACUUUGUCAAAUGCAUUAAUCAGAUUGAACUCCGUUUCCGGGGUGGCAGGUACAUUCGGGUAUCUUGAUCCGGAGUAUGAUUUGUCUGGCCAGCUUACGGAAAAAUCUGAUGUCUUCUCGUUCGGAAUGGUGUUAUUCGAAGUAUUGUCUGCUAAAUAUUCAAGAGAGAUACCACAAUUAUGUAUCGCUCACCCAGCUGAUAUUCUAGACUCAUUUCUCAUGGGAAAAGUAGCACCUGAUUCAUUGAUAAAAUUUUUGGACAUCUUCCAAAGAUGUGUGCGCCCUACAGGAUCCCAACGGCCCACGAUGGGUGAAGUGGAGGUGGAACUUGAGUGUGCGCUGGAGCUUCAGGAGAGCGCAGAUGCCGAAAAGGAGUUGAGGACACCAAGCACUUCGCUUGGUUGUCCUGCCGAUGACUAUGCCUACCAUUAUCAAGGGAUAUCACUUUCUGAAAUUAAUGAUGUUUUCUGUUUUUUGUGUAAUCGUCCACGGACUCCACGCCAUCCAGUAGUUAUAUCAACUGGGUCUGCUGAUCUUGAUUCAAUUAGUACUGAUCUUUCAGUACUUUCCGAUGAUGAUGGUAGCUCUGAAUUCGAAUAUUCUGGCCGGUAAACAAUUAAAUAUUAAUUGAAAAUGCAGUGCUGUUGGA